AUUUCGUACGGUUUGCAGUAGUCCCUGUCCGGUUGGAUAGUACAAGGAACAUAAACAACAACAACGUGUUUUAAUGUUUCUCAAAACAAAACAGAAAUAUCAAUAUGUCAUAACUUUACAUUUUAUUCUCAAAGACUUUGUAAUGACUUUUUAUUAGAAUUGAAAAAUGGCUCCAAUAACAUUGAAAAAGAGUAUUAUUGAUGAUUACGCUGAAGAGCUCAUUUUUCAAACUUUAAAUCUAAAGAAAAAAGAUGAAAAUUUCAAAACUGCUUUCGAAUUUGUUAUGUCCAAUUUUAGGUUCCAUCGUUUUCUGGAUGUGAAUCCUUUAGAUAUUACCAGAAAUAUAUCUGGCUUAUGUAAAAAGUUAUGUAUUAACUGUCAAGAUAUGAAAGCACUACAUCUGAAGCAACUUGUUGAGAAGUUUUUAAAUCAACCACUUCUAUCAGCUAAAGAUGAAAAUUUUAUACAGACAGAUUCUCAUUAUUCAUUGCUUUCUUUGUUAUUAUGUCUUUCUACUAAUCCAUUAAGCACAACUGUUAAACUGAAUAAAGAAAUUGUGGAAAUAGAAAAUGAGCAUUUUGAUUGGAAAAAAUAUUUGUAUGAUGAAGAAAAUGACAUGAGGAUUGGAGCUUCAAUUGAUGAUACUAUUGAGGAGGUUUUAAUUAACAGUGAUGAUGACACUUGGAUAUUAUAUGAAGAAAACAAUGAAGAGGCGGAAAGAAACAGUUCUGAACAUACUUGUGAAGACAAUUUACAAAUACAAGUAGCUGGCAAUGUUAUGCAAAAUUCUGAAACCCUAGUUUUGGAAAACAAAGUUUGGCUAAAGGAGAAUAUGUGUCCAAUUUAUUGGGAUGAGACUGAAUAUUUGCAAUACAAUUUAACAACAAAAUAUUACUCUAAUAGUUAUCGAGACAUGUGCAAUAAUUGGGAAAUUUAUUUGAAAUCAGAGUGCAAGAAUCAGGGAAAAAGUGCAUUUCGGCUUAUUAAUGAAAUACAGCUUGUCAGAGAAACAUUAUGGAUGAUUCAAGGCAUAAAAAAUUUAUAUAUUUAUAACUACAAAGAUGGAAAGUACCAUGUUAACAAUAAUAUUGCCGUAACUCACCUAAGCCAGGAAACAUUAUUAAGUUUCUUGUCCUCAUUUAUAAUGACUGGUAAUCGUGUUGUCGAACUGAUAGAAUUUACGAAUAAUUUUUCUAUCGAAGAUGGUUCAAAAACAUUUGCUGCAUUUGCUUACGUUAUUGAUAUGUUUUUAAAGAAAAGAAGGGAAAUGAUAAGUGAUUUAGAAAAGACUAUAAUUGAUGAAGAUAAAACACUUACAUUAGCAGUUCUAAAAGAAAAACUGACCAAGGAUCACCAGGAUAUAUUGUGCAUUCAUAAAUUAUACACUGAUGCAAUUGUUCAAGGAUCAUUAUCAUUCUCUACUGUCACAGAGAGAGUUGUUUUUUUCAUGGAUGUUUUUUAUGAGUUCCUUUCAUCACUUGACUUGCUUGGUGAUGCAUGUUUGGACAAGUUUUCAAUGAUCUUGUCAAUGUUUUUGGAUGUUUGUCAGUCAUAUUUGCAAGAUUUAGACCAAUGGAUGACCAUUGGUAAACUUCCUCACAACAGUGAUGAGGAGUUUAUGAUUUGCAGUCUGCAAGCGUCCAAAAUAGUCGAAAAAGAUGAAGAAAAUUAUUGGAGGGCAACUUACCAAAUAAAAGAAACAAAGUCUACUAAUGGAAAUGUGAAAUCUCUUGUACCAAAAUUUAUAGAAGGAAUUCAACAACAGAUUUUAGUUACUGGAAAGUCGCUUGGAUUGCUAGCCGAAUUUGGAGAUUUUUCAUCAUUGGUAGUGGAGACAUCAUUGCAUGAAGAGUUUAGGAUAAAUCUAAUAAAAGAACUACAACAAGCCAAUGAUAGGUUUUUAAAGGGUGAUGAUGGGCAGGUGACUGGUGACAUAACUGAUGGUUCUUCAAUAGGCUUUGAAGAUCCUUUGGUUGAUCAUCUGGUACAACAAAAUUUUAAUCUUAUGUUUGGACAUGCAAAACAGAGAUGUAUUACAAAAAAAUAUAUAAAAAAUAAUCAGAGGAAUGAAGGAGAAUCCUGGAGUGAGCUUCUGAAAAAUGGUGCAUGUCGUCCUCCAAUAAAGUUGCUUAUUCAAAAAAGUCUGUUUCCAGGAAUAUUAAAACGAUAUGAUAGGGUCUGUAAACUUUUAUUGGAUCUUUUUAAAGAGGAAUUUUGUUUGCAUCAACACUUUCAAGUUAUGAAGAAUUUUUUUCUCAUGGAAGAUGGAGGUACAAUGCAUGAGUUUUGCAUUGAGUUAUUCCAGAAGGCAAAGGAGAAAACCCACUGGCAGGAUAAGCCUUUUUUAAAUAUAGUGUUGCAAGAUGCACUUCAAAGAAGACAUUUGCACCUCAUAGGAAGUCUAUCUGUAGAGUUGCAACCUCAUUUUAUAGCAGCUUCAAAUUCCGAUAUUUUUGAUGGUAUGUCUUUGCAUUAUAAGGCACCUUGGCCGGUCACAAUAAUUUUAAAUGCAGAAGCUGAGCAGAAGUACAACGAAAUCUUUAGGUUUCUACUUAAAGUUAAAAGAACAAUGUGGACUCUGGAGCAGUUAAAGUUUCAAGAGCUUAUAAAUGAACCAAGCAUGAGCCAAUCACACCCAACCAUAGGUGAUACUUUUGAUAUAGAGUUAACAUGUAAAUUCAAGAAAGAUGAUUCUGUGCUUGAACCAAUCAAACAAAAGUUAAAGUUACGCAUGCUUAUCUUUCGAAUGAAAAUGAUGCAUGUUAUUCGAAACUUUCAUUUCUACUUGGUUUCAAGAAUUCAGAAUACAACCUGUGCCGAGUUCGAUGCAAAGUUAAAAGAGGCUAAAGAUUUAGAUAAGGUAUUGGAGCAUCACGAAACAUUUUUGCUAAAUUUAAAACAGCGAUGUCUUUUACGAGAAAAGAUUGGUCGUUCGCGUGAUGCAAUAUUCAGAAUUUUAUCUCUUGUUUUUGAUUUUGAAAGUUUAUGGAUGAGAGGAUUGGUUCAUUUAGAUGAAAAUAAGUUGAAUUCGUUGGAGAUUGAUUUCAACAGAUGCGCAGCUUUUUUGCAUUCUUUUUUCAAUAGUCUGGCUAAACGAGGAUCUUAUCCGCAUUUUGAAUUUCUCGCAAAUGCAUUGAAAAUCGAAGCGCAUGGCCAUCAAUACGUAUUCAGAAGGUAGAUUUGUUUUGAGGGCAGUUUCAAAAGAAAUUUUGUCACCUAAUUCUAUUUGCGUUUUUAAUCAGCAUGAUCAAGUUCUAUCCUUAACCUAUUUUUAUUAAAUAUUUUUUAAAUAUAUCUUCGUUGCUUCAAA